UUUCCAAAAGGAAAGAUUAAUGUGAAGAAUUUGAUUGACACUGAAUCUGAGAAUACUUCACACAUGGUGGCUAAUUGGAGAUCACAAUUUCAGACUGAAAAUGGAGUUGUGAAGACUGCUCAAGUGAAGAAGGUUAUAGAAGAAAACAAAGCAGGCGGAGUAUGGUUUAAAAAGAAUUUUUUGGUUCUCCUGGUAACAUGUUUGAUUGAAGGGAAGCAAAAUUGCUUUGCCAAUCAAAGCAUUCUGAAGGCAUUGCAGGAUGAUUCAAAAAUCAAGGAUCUGAAUUGGUGUGGAUACACUUUGGAAACAUUAAUUGAAGCAAAGGACUAUUGGAGCAAAAAUAGAGAAAGACAGUUCCCAGGGCCUUUAUUAUUUCUGAUUGUGUUCUAUGUAGACAACAUUGUGUUCAAAGGCAGAAAAGUGGACAGAGCAUUGCCAUCUAUUAUUGGCUGGACAACACAAAAGCUGAACAAACGACAGAAGGAAGAAAUUGAAACUGGAGGUUUUGGAUACGGAUAUAUAGAUGAACCUAACAAAGGGGAAUUGAUAGUUCCAAAACUGAUCACAAAUGAAGAAGAAGCUGAAAUCCCGAUCGAGGGAAACAGUAAUCAGGAGCCAAAGAAGGAUAUUAUGAAGGAGUUUGCUGCAGCAGCGAAGAAUUUGGCAGAAAGCAUGGCCAAUUUUGAUGAAAAAUUUCAACAGGCUGCAAAGGUGUUACCUGAUGAUGAGACAAUGAAGAUUUUAAUGGGAAAAGUCCAUGGGCUUUUCAACACAUAUUCAUCAGAAAAGGAGAAAGAAAAAGAAAAUGAAACCGAAGUGUCACUGACUCCAGAUGAUGGAUUCUGGACUGAAGAAGUGCUCAAAGCAGUUGAAGCUAUUGAAAUGGCUCAGAAGAAAAGAGUUGAGAGGCCAACUUUUACUCAGUAUGAAAAGCCAAGCUUCAAGUUGCUUUCACAGGAGUCAAAUGAUGGGGCGAAUACAUAUGGGGAUGAUGAUGAGCAUCAUCAUGACAUAAUUGAGCAACAUGGCAAUGCAAUUGAGCAUGCAGAGGAUGGUCCAAGUGAGCAAAUGAAUAAGGAUAAUGACAAUGCUGAGGAUGUUAAUGAGGAUGAAGAGGAAUCUGAAAAGGAAGAAUGUGAAGAAGAAAGAGACAGAAGGUUUAGAAAGGGUAAGCAAGUUGAACAAUAUCACAUUGAACCAAAAGAGAACAAAGUGGAAAGAGAAAAAAGAGAAACAGCCCCAGCACCUGCUGUGAAGUCCCCAUUCAUGAACAGAAGUAUAGAUGCAAGGACAACACUUGGCAGUGAGGAAAGACUACUUGCAGGUUUUGUGUUCAAUGAUCAUUGUGACAAGAAUGUUGUGGUGUUCAAGCAUUACAACUUCACUCUUUCAAAAGCUCAGAUGGAAACAAUGAAGAGCAACACAAAAGUUGAUGCUGGAAUUAUAGAUAUAUGGGCAAUGUUGCUUAAUCAUAAUGAAAAGUUCAAAAGCCCUGAAGCUAAAAGCAGAAUGAUUUUCUCAACAAGACCAUGUCAUGUGCUAGAUCAAAAUCAUCUCACCGCUCCACAAACAAGGAACAAAAGGUUUGCGGCAGAAAUUGGCAAGGAAUUUCCCUGUGCAGAUGGAAAUAAGUUGAGGUCAACAGACCUAUUCAUAUUCCCAGAUGAAUACAAUGGGUGCUACUAUAUGAUGUGCUUUGACUUGAAGAGCAUGAAGUUCUACAUCAUUGAUAGUAGCGACGGAGAUAUAGCUCCUGCAGUCAAGUACUUGUUUCAAAUGUCAUACCUGAGAAGUGGAUUUGUGAAAUUUCUUCGAGAUCAAAAACACCCAAAGGCAGAUAAGGUUGUGAAGCUGAAGGAAGAAGUGGUUAAAAUGCAUUGGAGAAACAAGAAAAACAAAACCAAUGAGGGAGUUUAUUUGAUGAGGCACAUGGAGACAUUUUAUGGUGACACAGCAUGGGAGUGUGGAUUAGAUAAACAAAGUGAAAAACCAAUUGAGAUGCUGCGGAUUAAGUACUUGCAUGCAAUAGUAACAUCUGAUAAGAAUGAGAUCAAGAAGAACAUCAUGGAACAAGUGAAGAAACACAAUGUGUAUAUCUAGAAGAUUUGUAAUGCUAUUGAUGAUUGUGGGCGUUGAUGAACAUAUUGUUGUUUUUUAAUUCAUGCUAAACAAUAUUAGUAUUUGGGACAUAUGAUAUUACUAUUAAGCUUGGAUGACAGUAGUCAUGUUAGUAAUAUUAAAUAAGGACAUAUGCUUAUGGGAAGUUCAUAUUAUUGAUCAUUAUUAGUAAGUUCUAUGCUCA